AUGGUGUGCCUGGACUAAUAAAAUUAUGAAUUUGGAAAUCUUUUUUUUUGUUUCCUAAGAUGAGCAAAUUGAUCGUUGGUCAUUGGGAUCAGGCCGUUGACGGUGUUCUUUCACGCAAAACAAUGGAAGCGAAAAUGCAAAAGGAGGUAAGUUUUUGUCUCACUACAGUUAUUGGGGGUUGCUCCCUCCUCAGUUAAGCUUUUUCUCAAGCUUUUCUAGUCUUGUCAUUUUCCCUUUCUUAUCCGAAACUUUCGUUUUCCUAGGGUUAUAGUUGCAUCCCGUACACAUUUAAUCCUGGAAUGGUCUUUGGAGAACACUCGCACAAUGUUGACAAGAAGGAUGUCGUUGUCUCCGGUGAACUGGAAUUCACAAUGUUCGGCGAGACAGUGGUUCUGAAAGACGGUGACACACUGGUCGUGCCCAAGGGUGUCCCGCACUCUGCGAGGGUCGUUGGCUCAAGACCCGUUGAAUUCUUUGAUGCUACCAAGAUGUGA